AUGGCUAGGCCUUUCAUGGAGUUCAGGGGGUCACAUGAUUCUUUCAGCUACUGGGUUGAUGAGAAAUCCCCUGUGGGACCAGACCAAGCCACAGCCAUCAAACGUUUGGCCAGAAUUUCUUUGGUUAAAAAGAUCAUGAAGAAAUGGUCAGUGACUCAAAAUCUGACUUUCAAAGAGCAGUUGGAAGGUGGGAUCCGAUACUUUGAUCUUCGUGUAUCUUCCAAACCUGGGGAAAUAGGACAAGAGAUUUACUUCAUACACGGCUUGUUUGGCAUCAAAGUAUGGGAUGGGCUGAAGGAGAUUAACACCUUUCUUGAGCAGCACCCCAAGGAAGUAGUCUUCUUGGAUUUCAAUCACUUCUACGCUAUGGAUGACAACCAUCACUACUUCUUGAUCAGCAGGAUCCGCUCAGCAUUUGGAUCCAAACUUUGUUCCGUUGAAUGUGUAGAAUAUGUGACGUUACAGUACAUGUGGGAGAAGAAACACCAGGUUCUCAUAUUCUACCACUACCCUUUAUAUCAGGAAUACCCCUUUCUGUGGCCAGGGAAUAAAAUGCCAGCACCAUGGGCUAAUACAACCAACGUGCACAAACUCUUACAGUUCCUGGAGACCACUCUUGAGGAACGAAGUCGUUAUGGGACUUUUCAUGUUUCUCAAGCAAUUCUCACUCCUCGAGUGAAAACUAUUGCACGGCACCUAAUUCGUGGUCUGAAGAACACACUUGUUCAUAGGAACCUGCCCAUGAUUUUAAAUUGGGUGAAAGCGCAGAAACCAGGUGUUAUGGGUGUUAACAUAAUUACAUCAGACUUUGUGGAGCUGGUUGACUUUGCUGCUACAGUUAUUGCAUUAAACGACCUUCUUUUAGAAGAGGAUGAAUCUGCAACUAAGUCCUGA